CUGGGGUCAGGAUCAGUGCAUUAGACACCUGGGGAAGUGCUGAACCAGAGGGUGGGCAUGGGUUGUGGCAAGGAGAGCAGGGGCAGGGCUGAUAGAGGAUUAGAAAUGUCCAUUUAGUGAGCAGGGCAGGGUAGGGUCUGUUUGUCAAGACCAGCUCUGGAGCCAGGUUGGAGGCCGAGUCCCUCGGGACCUGAACACCCAGUGGGCCAUCAGGGACAGAGGAUGUCCGUCCAAAGUAGUCCCCUCCCCCUGGGCCCAGACUCCAUGACCCUCCACCUGCCUGGCUUCUGUUCCAAAUCCCUCCUUCUCCAGGCUGAAUUCGGGGCAGCAGAAGUGGGCUCUGCAGCCCUGGGGUAGUGGCCCGGGAUACAGCUUGCUCCCUCCUCUUCCUCCAGCUGUCCCCUGACACCAGUCCAGCCCGCCUUGUUGUGUAACCAUGAGAGCUGCCUACCUCUUCCUGCUGUUCCUGCCUGGCCUGCUGGCUCAGGGCCAGUACGACCUGGAUCCGCUGCCUCCGUUCCCAGACCACGUCCAGUACACCCACUAUAGCGACCAGAUCGACAACCCGGACUACUAUGAUUAUCAAGAGGUGACUCCUCGGCCCCCGGAGGAGCAGUUUCAGUUCCAGUCCCAGCAGCAAGUCCAACAGGAAGUCAUCCCAGCUCCCACCUUAGAACCAGGAACUGUAGAGACGGAGCCCACGGAGCCUGGGCCUCUGGACUGCCGCGAGGAGCAGUACCCGUGUACCCGCCUCUACUCCAUACACAAGCCUUGCAAACAGUGUCUCAACGAGGUCUGCUUCUACAGCCUCCGCCGUGUGUAUGUCAUCAACAAGGAAAUCUGUGUCCGCACGGUCUGUGCCCACGAGGAGCUCCUGCGAGCUGACCUGUGUCGUGACAAGUUCUCCAAAUGUGGCGUGAUGGCCAGCAGCGGCCUGUGCCAAUCUGUGGCAGCCUCCUGUGCCAGGAGCUGCGGGGGCUGCUAGGGUGGAACUGGCACCCCGAGCCCUGGACCCUCCUCGGAUCUGGGGCCCUCAGGCUCUGCCUGACCUGGUGCUUUUCUCCCCAGCCAGACGUUCCUCUUAUCCCGUAAAAUGUUAGUGGCUGCAGCGCCGGGGGUUGCCUCAGGCCCUUCCCCCAGCCUGCGGCCACCCUUGGGGCACAAAGGGGGCUCCCCAGUGUCCAGUCUCCGCCCCCAGGUGGGGGACAUCCCAGGCCUCUCUGUGGGACCUGGGCCCCUGAUGUGCCUUCUCCAUCCCUCUGAGGACAGUCCCCCACUCCAGCCCCACCCCCAGGGUAGGCUAUGACCCUCACCCCAGCUGGUCUGCUUGGAUUUCCUACAGCCCCUGGGCAUAGACCACCUUUGUUUUAUACAAAAUUAAAAACAGGUUUUUACAAAAGAUUCAGAGUCACUUUUUCGGUCGAGGGCACAGAGGAGAUGGCCAGGUGCCUCAACACUGCAUGUCCUCACGGAGAGGCUGCCAGGCCCCUUCGGGAGAAGGGUAGGUUCAGGUGACCUGUGGCCAUGCCUCCUCAUCCACCCGCUUCAGCUCUGACCUGCCCAGAA